ACACAUUGCCCGAUUUAAGUCUUCUCUCUCCUUAUAUCCAUACCUACAUAACGACAUUUCCUUAGCAAAUAAGAAUAUACAUCGAAAAGGGGGGGACCGAUCGAUCGGGAUGUGCCGUUGACAGAAGACUUCAUUCGCGUUCGGUGCCGUUUAUAAGGACGGGGGUUAUCCUGUCGACCCUUCUUAGGGCAGCCAGUUCUCGCGGCUUAGAAUUCAACAGGUGGUUGAUGCGUUUUGGCUGGCGCACUGGAAAAUCCAAGAUGGCGCCUUUUCUACUGCUGCUGCUCCUGUCCAUGGGCAUCGCUGCCGCCGCCUCCGCGCUCCCGCCACCUCUCAAGCCUCGCCAAACAUGGACUGUUGGGUACUGGGCGCACGACUUGUCAGACUAUGGGUGUAAACCGAUAAUACUUAUUUGGGCCAAGGCCACGAUAGAGCCUGGGAAUAUGGGCAACACGGUAGGGCCGCGGCUGUCCGACGGACUGAAAGCGCUGUUUGGGCCGGCGAACGUCGCGACUCAGGGGGUCGACUACUGGGGCUUCAUCGACACCAACUUCUACCCCGGCGGCGCGCCGCCCUGGGGAAUCUACGACAUGCAGCUGCUCCUGAGCGCCGCGGCAACCUGUCCGAACUCCAAGAUCGUUGCUGCCGGGUACAGCCAAGGCGCAGCGCUCACGCACCGCGCGAUCGAGGGCCUCAGCCAAGCGACCAAGGACCGCAUCGCCGGCGUCGUGACCUUCGGCGACACGCAGGUGUGGCAGGACGGCGGCCGCAUCCGCAACUUCGACCCCGGCCGCACCCUCAUCAUCUGCAACGCCGGCGACCUCGUCUGCACCGGCACCCUCUACGUCUUCCCCGUGCACUUCGACUACGUCAAGUGGGUGCCCGCCGCUGCCUACUACCUGGCGGGGAAGCUGCUCGAGGACGCGGCGGCGAGGCCGUGGCCGAAUGGGAGCUUUGUGUAUCCGAGUGGGGGCGGGGGCGGGAAUGGGAGUGGGAAUGGGAAUGGGACGGCGCCGAGCGUGCCUGUGCCUGUUGUGGUGCCGCCUGUCCCGCCGCCACCGCAGGCGCCGACGGCGGUCCCGUUGACGCCGCCGCUGCCGGUUCCGGAUGGUGUGGGGGAUGGAGAUGAUUUUGAGGAGGGGGGGAGGGGUUUAUAG